AUGAAGCCUUUACUCUCAACCUUUGCUUUACUAGCGGCCGGUGCCUUCUCAGCUGCUCUCUUGGAGCCGCGGACGGUCGCUGUAGACCGCGAAACGCAGCUCCCUCUAGUGAUUUGGCAUGGGCUAGGCGACGACUUCGAACGCGAGGGCUUGCAGGAGAUCGCUGCACUAGCUGCCAAGGUCAACCCAGGCACGUAUGUGCAUCUGAUACGGCUGGCUGACACGGGAAACGACGAUCGACAAGCUACCUUCAUGGGAAAUGUGACGGAGCAACUCAAUACCGUGUGUGAGCAGCUGGCGGCAGAUCCGAUUCUGGGGAGUGCACCAGCGGUAAAUGCGCUGGGCUUCUCGCAGGGCGGCCAAUUUCUUCGCGGCUACGUGGAGCGGUGCAAUGCACCCCGAGUGCAUAACCUGGUCACGUUCGGCAGCCAGCAUAACGGGAUAUCGAAGUUUCAGUCAUGCUCGACAGGCGACUGGGUCUGCCGGGGCGCCGAGGCACUGCUCAAUGUUGGCCGUUGGACUGAAUUUGUGCAGAGCCGUCUCGUGCCCGCGCAGUACUUUCGCGACCCGGCCGAGCUGGACGCAUACCUCGAGCACAGCAACUAUUUGGCCGACAUCAACAACGAGCGCGCGCACAAGAACGCUACGUAUUCGGCAAAUGUGGCAACGCUAAACCGAUUCGCCAUGUUCAUGUUCGAGCAGGAUACCAUUGCUGUACCCAAGGAGAGCGCCUGGUUCGCCGACGUCAACUCCACUGAUGGAACGGUGACUCCCCUACGCGAGAGACCGAUCUAUAAGGAAGAUUGGCUAGGUUUGAAGAAGCUCGGGGAUCAGGACAAGCUGGAUUUUCGCAAGGUGCCCGGCCAGCAUAUGCAUCUGUCCGAGAAGGUGAUGGAGGAGACCUUCAAGGAGUACUUCGGUCCCAUUGAUCCUUUACGGUCAACGCUCCCACGUCUGGUCGAACAGCCGGGGCCUCAAUAA